AGUCGGAGCAUUUUCAUCCUCCGUUGUGAUGUUUAUCCCCUGAGGGAGACACAGCGAGGCGGGAAGAAUAGUGUGUGUGUGUAUGUGUGAGUGUGUGUAAAUCUGUGUGUGAGGAUCAACAUGACGCAGUGGUGGGCUCUCCUCAUCACUGUUUACCUGUCCGUGCACCUGGCAGCCGCUCAGCACCACAGGAGAGCUCUGUAUCCAUCUGCAUAUAGGAUAAAGCGUGGGACGUAUUCGCUGGUCAACCCCACAUUCCAGCGCUCCGCGGAGGACGUCAACCUGCUUUUCGAGGUCAAUCUGCUCGCCGGAAUGCAGAUCAGCGCUAAAGACGUGCUGAUCCCAGACGAGGAGCUGGCCUCCCUGAGGGCCGUGGAGAAGCUGGAGGUCCUCUGUGAGGAUGUCCUGCCCAAGAGGCUCUCGGAUAUUCGGCGUCUGACGGCGGAGCUCGCCCAGCGCCGGCAGGCCUCUGAGCUGCAGGACUUUGAGAGAACGGUGCUGACCCUGGUGUACGCCACUCAGACGCUGGCUCGGGGCAGCGGCCCGCAGCAGAGGGAGGCGUGGACGGACGCUCAUUCAUCUGAUGCCCAAGCGGCUGGCGAUGAACGCGUUGAGGGACUGAUGGAUGAGGAGGUGAAGAAUGCAGUGUGGUUUGAUUGGCAGCCCCGCCCUGAUAAGAGUUUCACCUGUUCCUCCCAGGUCCUGCAGUCCGGCCUCCUGCAGUCCGAACUCAUGCAGUCGCCUACCAUGCCAGUCGCCUCCUGCAGUCGCCUCCUGCAGUAG